UGCACGGCACAUCCCUAUCGUCUACUCCGACCCCUCGCCCCGGCCGCGGCCGCCUUCGCAUCCGGCACCCCCCCCCCCACCUCGCCCUCUCCCUCUCCCCUCUGAACCCACGCCCGCCACCGCCGCCGGCGCGAUGGCCAUGCGGGUGGUGCGGAACCUGGACCUGGAGCGGUACGUGGGGCGGUGGUACGAGAUCGCGUGCUUCCCGUCGGCAUUCCAGCCCAAGACGGGCACCAACACGCGCGCCACCUACGCGCUCAACCCGGACGGCACCGUGCGGGUGCUCAACGAGACGUGGACCGACGGCCGCCGCGGCCACAUCGAGGGCACGGCGUGGCGCGCCGACCCGGCCGGCGACGAGGCCAAGCUCCGGGUCCGCUUCUUCGUCCCGCCCUUCCUCCCCGUCUUCCCCGUCACCGGCGACUACUGGGUGCUCCACGUCGACGCCGACUACCAGUACGCGCUCGUCGGCCAGCCCUCCAGGAAGUACCUCUGGAUCCUGUGCAGGCAGCCGCACAUGGACGAGGCCGUGUACGGCGAGCUGGUGAGGCGGGCCGAGGAGGAGGGGUACGACGUGUCGAAGCUCCGCAGGACGGCGCACCCGGACCCGCCGCCGGAGAGCGAGGAGAGCCCCAGGGACGGCGGGAUGUGGUGGCUCAAGUCCCUCUUUGGCAAGUAGCGCGGCGCGCGGCCCGCGGCUGCGCCGAUCGAGCAGGCGGCGAGAUGGCCGUGCCGGCGUUCGGACUUGGGAGUCCAGUGUCUACUGCUAGCUCCUGCCGUUUUACCGCGUGUACAUUCGCAGUACUACUGCUUCGGGAUGAACACAUCAAGUUCGUUCCUCCUUGUUAUGGUUGCUGCUGCGAUCCGCAUAUGGCGUACCUGUGUUUUGUUUUGAAAUGAACUUGGACUUGGAGUCAAUUGCAUUUCUGCGGUGAUGUCGAA